AUGAAUCGCGACGCGGGAGAAACUCAGCUGCCGGGAGUUGCCGCAGAAGUCCGCCCGGAGGGAUGUGUCUGCCACGACACGUCCCUAGACAGCGUUCUGAAAAUCGUUGGAAAAGAUCUAGGCCUCGAUGCAAAUGACAUCGAGGAAGUCAGGGCUCGCCUCCUGGUGAAUCAAAUCACCACCGCGCAGGCUUUGGAGGCAGCCGUUCGCGAGCAGCGACUCUGCGGGCUCUUCCACCCUUGCGUCACCGACGCAAUUGCCGCACGCGUUUCUGGCCGCGUUCUGCCCAUGUUCGAUCUUGACGAAUUCUCGGAGACGCGUCUCAAAGUAAAAAACCCUGCGAAAUUCGCGAAUGGCGCCGUCUUUGUCCAUCGCAUCGCUCCGGUUCCAGGAACGAGGAAAGGCAGGAUCGCGGUGACAUGGGCUUUCGACCUCGACGUGGAGACGACGACGGUGGCCGAGCUGCUCCAGCACUUGGAAGUCCUCGUAGGGGACGUGCCCGUAGACCGCAUGCGUCUGGUCUUUAACGGCUUCACGAUGUCCACGACGAGCUCCCUGCGCUCCUACGACGUCACCCCUGGAGACACACUCUUCCUGUACACCCUGAGGGAUCCGCAGGCUCAAGUGACUUUCAUGUGUGCGCCGCCGGCCGUCCCAACUCACCUCGUGCCCGCGCCUCUCCCCGUCGGCAUCUUGCCAACCACCGUGCCGGCCCCGCGGUCCUCCCUUCCCGCGCCCGUGACUGUCCUGCCGUCUCCUGUCGCUUGUGCGCCUGUCCCUGGGCUUUCCGUCUCGCCUGUUCCCGCUACGAACCCCGGAGAGCCCUACGACUCGUCGUUCCCUCGUCAGACGGUGCCCUCAGUGUCCGCCGCGCCAGUCGGCGCGUUUCUGGCGAAGCCUCCCAGUGGUGGAGCACACCUUCUCGCUCCUCAAAUCAUCGCUCCUCAGCUCGCACCUGCCGUGCUGCCUUCAGUGGGUGGAGCCGUCCUGACCCCUGCAGUCUGCCAGCCCGUGUAUGGAUGUGUGGCGCCUGGAGCCCAACUGGCGGUCGGAGCCGGCGGGUACGGCGGAGACACAUGCCUGGUGACUCAGCCGGUGGAUAGGCGCGUUGAGACAUGCAAGUGCGGAUCGUACACAGCUUUCCGCUACGCGCCGCCCGUUCCUCCUGUAACGACUUGUGGCACCUGUCCGAUGGAGCUCCAGUCGGCUGGCGGCCGAGAGUGA